ACUCAUUCAGUCGCGUUUUAGGAACAUAGCGAGCAACAAGCAAAGAAAAAGUGAAUCGAAGUGAAUCGAACAAGUGUUCAUUAAGAAAUUAAAAAAAAAUAUAUAUAAAAUUAAUGCAGAGAUCGUGUAAUUUCGCGAGCGCAAAUUGUAAACGUUAAGAAACGCGAAAAAAACGCAGUGAACGUGGUAGCUGACCUAAUAAGGGCUAGUGCAUACGUCAACUUAUAACAACUAUAGACUCUCUAUAGACUUAUAGACUCUCAUAAGCGCACUUGCGCCAACAACAACAAAAAUAGCAAAAUAUUAAAUUCAACAAAUAACAACGUGGCAACAGCGGCAAAGACAGCAUCAGCGCAAUUGCAAUGAUUGGAAAUUAUCAGGAAAAAUUGCUGAAACUACAAAGAACCAAAUCGAAGGCAGCAACUUACAGUUUGGGCUGAAACGCCGCCGCGUUGAGAACAUUGACAGAAGUUUCGCACUAAAGUGGAACGCGAAAGAGAAGAAGCGCAGUUGAACGGAAAACGCUACGGAAGCAAAUUUCCCAAGGAAGCCAAAAAGGCGCUUAGCAACAAAACGUUGCCCAACAGCAGAGCGAUCAAAUUACUUGAGCGAUAAAGCAAAGAAAGCAAAUACGACACUACUAAGAAUACGACGCAUACAGACACAGCAAAGCUACUUAAAGCAACAUGCGAAUAGCAAAUAAUCACUACCAGUGGUCAUCGGCAUUGACAAUGCCACAACAGCAACAACAACUAAACUGGGGGCUACAGCAGCUGAUUAGCAUUACAUGUCACGUGCUUACGCUGAGCUUGCUGACGCCAAUGGCCCGUGGUGCAGCGCCGCGCCCUCUCGCCACACACAGCGCUCAGCCAAUGGCUGCGACCGCCGAUGCAAAACAUACCCUCUGGAUGCACGUGAAUAAAACGUGUCUGACGAGCACUUGCAAUAACACGCUCACCGAGCAGCACCUCGAGCGGCUGGAGCGUAACAUCGAUUGGACGGUGAAUGCAUGUGAUGACUUUCACACGCACGCAUGUGGCAAGUGGACGCCGCCUAGCGGACAUCUGACCUCCGCCAGCAUGAUGCAGGUGGCGGAAGAAUCACUGACAGCGCGUUAUGUGGAAUUAUUUGAGCGCUCGCUGAAUGAUAGACACGCGCAAAGGCGCGGUGUAGCAACGGUCGCGGCGGCGGUGACGAGAGCAGCGCAGCGCCAACAAGUGCGACGUGCUCGUCGGCACGGUGCACGCGCUGCGGUGCGGCAUGUGCGCGCGGCUGAAAGUGGCGGUGAAAAGCAGCUAGAAACAGCUUUAAAUGUAGAAGUGCCCAUCGAAGCGUAUGACAUGACAACGGAAGCCGAAGAUUACGAUCUGGUGAUUUCAAAGUUGCUACAAUAUUAUCGUGUGUGUAAGCGCUCUGAGCGCCUAACAUUACGCGGCUACUAUGAUGAAAUACGCGCAGAGGGAUUGCUGCGCCCGCAACAGCGUCACUGGCAGGAAAUGCUGGCAAACUUUGCGCGCUAUGGUUAUGGCGAACAAUUUGUAUUCUUUCGGGUGCGUCAACAGAAUGCGACACAACAUGAUAUUACUGUGCUGCCGCAUGACACACAUAAGCGGCUCAAUUUGACGGCGGAAAUAUACGAAAUACUGCGUGCACAUACACACAAGAGUCGCGCUGAGUUGGCAACGGAAUUUCGCGCGUUGGAAACACAUGUUGAAGGCGUGGUGAACAACAUGUGCGCGGUCGAUGGUGUGGAGCAUAAUAGCACUGCGCCUGGCACAACUACUAGAGCCGAGCAGCACGCGAUCAAUGAUCAGCCGGCGGCACCCAUCAGCGCUGAGGAGGAUUGUGAUCUUACGGAAACGCUAACUUUAGCUGAGCUGACGCAUCGAUGCGGAGACGUGGACUGGCAGCGCUUCAUAGGCGCGCCUCUUGGGCGACACUUGCAUGCAACCGAUCCUAUACGCAUCGAUUCGGUGGCAACCGUUUGCAAGCUGGCGCGCUAUCACAAUCAAGCGAAACAUGACCACAUCAAUUUUCUCUAUACACUUGCGCGCUUCCUCAGCUACCUCCAGCAGCAACAAUACAACCCUGUGCGUUUAGGCAGCAGUGCUUCCACCUGUAUACGUCACAUGCGUAAAACGCUGCCAGUUGCUAUGACUUACGUGUACGACCGCGCUUAUUAUGCGCCCGUGCGCGCUGAGAGCGAUCGCGUGAUACUCUCAAUAUUUGAUAAACUCAAAGAGGAGUUCGCGCGUACUAUAAUGCUCAAUCGCAUGCAAUUCGAUGCCGAUAUUGUGGAGUAUUUACAGCAGAAACUUUUGUCACUACGCAUCAACUUGGGUAACUUGCCGCCCGCGGUGAACUCCUCAUUCUAUGUGGACAUCAUGUGGAAGCUAAAUGUAAGCCACAAUAAUUUCUAUCGCAAUCACAUGCACGCUUUGGCGCACACAUAUGGUCAUGUGCGCCGUUUGGCUGCCAGCGCCUCAAAGAAGCACAACCGCAGUCCUUGGUACACUUUCAACUACCACGAGCCCACCUUUCCCGACAGUCUGGACGCUACGCCCUACUACUUCUGUCUGAGCAACAUGAUCAUCGUGCCGUAUGCCUACCUCCAAACGCCCUUCUACGAUCGUCAGUUCUGGUCCAUAUUGCUGUACGGCGAUCUCGCCAACACCUUGGGUCACGAGCUCAUCCACAGCUUUGAUAGCUCAUUCCUCGAGUAUGACCACGUGGGCAAUAUGAACGAGCUCAUGAUGCAGCGCAUCUCGGCGAAUGUGAACUUCGCGCACAACACUCAAUGUCUAAGUCAAGGCACCAAAUUCCUAGCCGAGCGUAUUGCCGAUGUGAGCGGCACGCGUUUGGCGCUCAACGCCUUCCUGCGUGACCCGCAGUUCGUGAAAACGAAUGGUCGCCUAUUUUUCCUGCAAUUCGCGCAGUUCUUCUGCAGCAACACCGAUGAGGCGACACAUCAGCUACAGGAUCCCUGGCAUGACGCGGACGCACUGCGUUUGAACUACACACUCUCGCAGAUGCCGGAAUUCAUGGAGGCCUUCAGUUGUUCGGCCCAAAGUCGCAUGAACGCGGCGCAGCGCUGUGGCCUGUGGUAGUUGAUACACAUGUGGGGAUGUGGGGUUUGGUAUCAUUAUACGAAUAUAGUAUGAAACGAAAAAUAUUAGUAUUAGCACAUUGUAUAAGUGGGUUAGAAUAAGCAAAUCUUUUAGCGCUAAGGUACUUAAAUGAAUUUACCAUGUAACUAGUCCAUAAUGUUUUUUUAUACAUAAUUCCUUUAAAUAUAAUAAUUAUAAUUUUUUUAUAUAUGUAUAUAAUUUUUAAGACUUUAGAAUGUAAUUAAUUUAUAAAUAUACACCAACUCAAAAUC